AUGAAUAUUCUACGACGAUUUAAAACAAAAUCUACUACUGCCACUUCUUUUUGUCAACCAUUAUUAUUUAACUCCAUAGAUUCAUUUAUAUCUCGAGUUAAAGAUGAACAAAAUCGUAAUUCAGGUCCAUUAUUGAAAUGUAUUGAUUUAUUAAUUGAUAAAUAUCAACCAUUAUUAUUAGAAAAAUUCAAUAUCAAAACAUUAGAUGCAGAUGCUUAUUCAAUUCAACAACAAAUAUGGGAUAAUUUAAAAAUUAAACGUUCACAAUCUUUAGAUCCAAAUAUUAAAAUCCGUCAAGAAUUAAUGGAAAAAAAUCGACAUACAACAAUAAUUGAUUAUCAAUCUACUCCAUAUAGAAAUUUUAUUAAACAAUUAUAUCCAUUAAAAUCAUUAAAUAACAAUAAAAGUCAAUAUUUUGAUUUUGUUAAUAAUUAUAAAAAAUAUCUUUCAAUUAACCAUGAUGAAUUAUAUAAACGAUAUUUAGAUUUACCUCAUCCAGCACCAAGAUUUUUAUUAUUUGAUGAUUUACAAAAAUUUAUUAAAAAUUUUUUAUUACUGAAACCUCAUUAUAAUAAUAGAAAUAUAAUUGAAGCAAAUAUUUUUAAAAAGAAUUAUCAAUCAGCUAUAAAUUCAUUAAAUUUAGAAAUUGAAAAAAGACAAAUUUAUCAUGAUAUGUGUGGUAAAAUAAUUAAUGAUUUGAAAUUAGCAAAUUUACCUAUAACUCAACCAGAACAAAUUCGAUUAAUUUAUUUAUCAUUUUUUAAAGAUCGUCAAGAUUUAUUAAAAAAUUUUAAUCAUCAACAAUUGAAAUUAUUAAAUUAUCCUCAAUUUAAUUGGGAAAAUUAUCAAAUGAUAAUUAAACUGUUUGGAGAUAAUCGUCGUGAUUUAUUAAGUGUAUUAUUAUUCUUAGCUACUAGACAUGAUCAAUUUGAUAUAAUUCAAGAUAUUUUACCUAAAGUUAAUCUUGGAUGUAUUAUAGAUAACCACCAAACACCUGGUGUUAAUAUCAACAAUACAUCAUUGAAAUUGACUGAUAAUUCAUUAAGACAUUUACUAUAUUAUUUCACUUGGUACAUUGAUCGUCCAAAUUUUGAUACUUAUUUGGCACAUACCAUCGAUUAUAUUACCAAUAAUAUACCAAUAUUAACCACAGAUAUAAUAAACAGCAUAUCUCAAACAUUAAUUGAUUUAGGUUACAUCAAUCAAGCAGAAAAAUUAUUCGAAUUGGCAUUUUUCCAACUGCCAACUACUUUUAAAGACUAUGAAAAUUCAGAAUCAAUUGCUUAUAAAAGAUUAACCAUUGAAGAUUCAAUAAUAACUCAAGAAUGGCAAUUUAUAUAUACAAAAUUAAAAUCCAUAACUAAUGAUAACACAAUUAUUCAUAAAUUGAUCCCCGUUGAAUUAUCAUUUUUAAAUUUAAUUGAAGGAUAUUGUAAAUUAGGAAAAUUUAACCAAAUUAAACAAUUAAUUAAUAUCAUGGAUAAUAUUUCUAAUCAACCAUUAUCCACAAGAAUUUAUAUUCGAAUAUUUACAGCAUUUAUUAAUCAUACUAAUAAUGGUAAUAACCAAUCAUUGGGAAAUGACUGGACAUUAGAUAAUUUAUCAAGUAUUUUAACUCGAUUGAUUAAUGAUAUUGAUACCAUCGAUGAAAUGGCGACCACCACAACUACCAAUUCUGCCACUUCCAUGGUGAAACAAUUAUUGAAUGAAGGUAGUUUGAAUUUCAAUAAAUAUGAACAAGAAAUAAUCAAUCAUAAUAAACCAAAUUCCGACACUUAUUUUGAAUAUCAAAAUAAUUGCGGCGGACUUAAACUAUUAAGAAUAAGUAAUUAUUUAUUAGAAGUCAUAUUCAUCAGUUUAGAAACUAAAUUAUAUCAAAUUUUCAAAUCAAAUCAACCAAUUCAACCAAAUCAAGAUCAAUAUCAAUCAGCAAUACAAAAAUUGCAUGGUUUGAAAACGAAUUGGUUAAAUAUGUUAGAACAUGAUGUUAAAAAAAAGAAAAAUUCAAAUUCUAUCAAUUCAUCAUAUUAUUAUUAUUAUUCGGAUCAAUUAUCAUAUAUUAAUAAAGCUGUAUUAUUUGAAAUAUUUUCUAUCGUAUCACAAUUAUAG